UUAAGGCCAAGCCGGAAGUGGCCUUAGCAGGGUGGAUGGAAAGAGGCUGGAGGCGGAAUUAGAGAGGUGAGCAGAAGCAGGAGGUGGUGGAAGAAACAGAAGCAGAUUCUUUUUGGAGGAAGAGAUGAGCACCCCAGGGGGACUGGUGACCAAUCGAGGGCGGCGUUUCAAAUGGGCCAUUGAAUUGAGUGGGCCAGGCAGUGGAAGUCGAGGCCGAAGUGACCGCAGCAGUGGUCAGGGUGACACUCUGUAUCCCAUAGGCUACUCAGACAAGCAGGUGCCAGACACCAGUGUCCAGGAAACGGAUCGCAUCUUGGUGGAAAAGCGCUGCUGGGAUAUUGCCCUAGGUCCCUUGAAGCAAAUCCCUAUGAACUUGUUCAUCAUGUAUAUGGCAGGCAACACAAUAUCCAUCUUCCCCACUAUGAUGGUCUGCAUGAUGGCCUGGAGACCUAUUCAAGCACUGAUGUCCAUUUCUGCCACCUUCAAGCUACUUGAGAGUUCAAGCCAAAAAUUCCUUCAGGGUCUGGUGUAUUUAAUCGGCAACCUCUUAGGAUUGGCAUUGGCUGUUUACAAGUGCCAGUCAAUGGGACUGCUGCCGACUCAUGCUUCUGACUGGCUGGCUUUUAUUGAACCGCCGGAGCGCAUGGAGUUCACUGGCGGGGGCCUCAUAUUAUGAUUCAACCCUCGUACCAGCAGCUGAUCACUGCUUGAGAGGAUUGGACUGCCGAAUACUGAUCUUUGUUCAUGCCUCAUGACUUCUUCACAAAGCUGCCAAUUUGGAAAAGGAUAUUUUUGCGUGUGUGGAAUAACAGAUGGAAAUGCAGACCCCCACAGAGGAGAAAAAGACUGAUGUGCAGUGCAGGAAGGAGCGAAAAAGCUAAUCCUGCCAAGUUUUUCAUCUUCCCCUCUUUAAAUAAAAGUAGUAACAAAUAA